CCGUUGCACCGAUUUCUGACGCUACGUUCAGCACACUGUCGUUGUCAUAACCCCUGUCCACCAGCUGUUGAGGAGAUUGGACAGGGGCGGCAUGAUCUUGUCCAUGAUUUUCUCAUGGUCGCAGGAGUUGCUGUUGCAGGUGGCUGCUGUUGACGUCCCUGAUGACAUGAGGGGGCCGUGCGUGGAGGCGGUGCAGAUCCGCACCACACAUAUGCUUGACCAUGCACAGGCUGUGGCGCACCUGCUCAACCCACGCAGACGUUCUCUCCGUUACUACGAGUCCGUCCGCAGGACAACUGCGGACCUCGAGGUGGUCACCAAGUGCGACUCGUUUCUAUUAGUGCAGACAGGCGGUGAUCCGGUGGGGGAGACAUACUUGCGGGUGCGGGAGCAGAUGCGGUCCUUCCACACUCAGAUUGGGCACAUGACAGACAGGGUGACGAGGGACGCCGAGGCAGAGGCCUGUAUCGGGGAUGACAAGACGAGCAAGUGCGCGUCCUGGUGGGUGGAGCACGGCGCAUGCUUCCCGGACUUGCAGGAGAUCGCUGACCGUGUGAUGCAUAUGUGGACGUCCGCCUCUCCUGCUGAGAGGAAUUGGGCAGAGCAUGGGCGCAUCCACACGACGAAGCGCAACAAGCUCGAGUUCAGGAAGGUUGCACAGUUAGUUGACAUUGAUACAAAUCUCAAACUACUUGGAUGCAGCGAGAGGAGGGGGAGGUACGUUCUUCCGUGGGGCCACAUUGCGACCCUGGUUGAGGCGCAGCCAGAGGAGUACACACACCCGCUGGUGGACGACGAAGAUGAGGAGGAGGAGCCUGAGCCAGAGGAGUGGGGAGCUAGACCUCAGUCAGUAGUGCCGACACAUGAGAUCAGUGCACAGGUUCGUCGCUUCCAGCAGCAGGCUGCUUGUCGCCCAGCAGGAGUUGCUGAGGUUUUCGGUGCCAGAGCCGAGAUACUCCAUCCUUACGACUACGUGCCUCCACCGCCAGCAGAGUCGGUGCAGGCGUUGGAGGACCAGACAUACACGGAGGGCGGAGAGGAUUUACCAGCCGGUGUAGAUAAGAGUGUCGAGACUCUACUACACCCUGAUCCUCCAGUUACUCAGGAGGCAGCUCCUAUGGAGGGCGAUUCGGGCGAGUUGGACGGAGGCCACAUACCCGAUGCGGAGGGGGAUGAUGGGGCGGGUGAUGCAGGGCAUCUUGCACCUGGGCACAGUGUCGGUUUAGGUGAUGUCAUCCGUGAUGAUGGGGCGGGUGAUGAUCCGGUGGAGGUCAGAGGCAGUAUGUCGUUGGCGUUGGUGUUGCGUGAUCCUUCAACGGUGGCGCACGAGGUUGUGUCACAACCUGUGGACUCAGAGGGAGGAGGUGGUGUGGAUGAGGAGGGGGAGGGUGGUACAACACAUGACCAUCAUGACCCCGUGAGAGCAGAUCUGGAGGAGGGGCAGAUUACACCGGGCCUACUCGACCCUCACGCGUUGCACCGUGCGCAAGUGGAGGAUCUGAUUAGCAGGGGACCUCCAGGAUCUCAUAGGGCCGUAGUUCGCUCGCCUCCGCUUUACACUCCUUUGAGCCCUCUGUAUUCUGGCUCUCCAGCGAGCUUGGAGUGCGAGCAGCAGCGUUCAGAAUCUAUUAGAGCAGCGGCUUUGGGUACACGCACGACUCACAUCCCCCUAGUUAGACCUCCUCCACCGGCUGCACUCCACGGUACUCCGCCACCUGCCAGGGGUAGUAUUGUCAGGAGAGGCCACAUGUCGUCGUCGUCAUCUCGCCUCGACACACAGCAAUCGCUUCACCAUCCCUGGAGCACAGUGCGACGAGUUGAUGAUGGUGUGAGGGGUGAUUUCGCGGCCCAGCGGCACGAUUGAGGGAGGACUCGGAGGAGCAGCAGAGCGCACCGAGUAUGGGGACUGCUUAUCGCAUUCU